AAACAGUCUCUAUUGGUUUUUAUUCUUUGUUUUAAUUUCUCAUGACCUAUAGAGAGAAUUAGGUAGUUUCGAAAAUUGGCUAAUCAACUUUUGAAAACUACUGUCUACUUUGCUUAAAUUCUCUACACUUAGUUUCGGAUAAGAUAAUUGUCGGACUAAUAGUUAAUCCCUUGACAAUCUUUGAUAUUAUAAAAGGUUUAGUUAAUCUCUUCUCUAUAUAAAUAUUCAUACACCAGCUUUCAAAAAUAUAUAAUCCAAACACCAAAAACAAAAUGGAGAAAUUGCUCGUGAUCUCUUUGCUACUACUGAUCUCAACAUCAGUUACAACUUCACAAUCCGUGACCGAUCCAAUAGCUUUCCUCCGAUGUCUCGAUAGACAACCAACGGACCCAACAAGUCCUAACUCCGCCGUUGCUUACAUCCCAACAAACUCUUCUUUCACCACUGUCCUCCGCAGCCGUAUACCUAACCUCCGUUUCGACAAACCCACUACUCCAAAACCCAUCUCCGUGGUGGCUGCCGCCACGUGGACACACAUACAAGCUGCUGUAGGAUGCGCACGUGAGCUCUCUCUCCAAGUCAGGAUCAGAAGUGGUGGCCACGACUUCGAAGGACUCUCUUACACUUCCACCGUCCCUUUCUUUGUUCUCGACAUGUUCGGUUUUAAAACCGUGGACGUAAAUCUCACCGAGAGAACGGCUUGGGUUGAUUCUGGUGCUACCCUCGGAGAGCUUUACUAUAGAAUCUCUGAGAAGAGCAAUGUUCUUGGAUUUCCGGCGGGUUUGUCUACCACAUUGGGCGUUGGUGGACACUUUAGCGGCGGAGGAUACGGUAAUCUGAUGAGAAAGUAUGGUUUGUCGGUGGAUAACGUUUUCGGCUCCGGGAUCGUUGAUUCGAACGGAAAUAUCUUCACCGAUCGGGUUUCGAUGGGGGAAGACCGUUUUUGGGCGAUUCGUGGAGGUGGUGCAGCGAGCUACGGUGUUGUCCUCGGCUACAAGAUCCAGCUAGUACCGGUGCCUGAGAAAGUUACGGUUUUUAAAGUCGGAAAAACUGUCGGAGAAGGAGCCGUUGAUCUUAUAAUGAAGUGGCAGAGUUUUGCUCAUAGUACGGAUCGGAAUUUGUUCGUGAGGUUAACUUUGACUUUAGUCAACGGUACGAAGCCUGGUGAGAAUACGGUUUUAGCGACUUUCAUUGGGAUGUAUUUAGGCCGGUCGGAUAAGCUGUUGACCGUGAUGAACCGGGAUUUCCCGGAGUUGAAGCUGAAGAAAACCGAUUGUACCGAGAUGAGAUGGAUCGAUUCGGUUCUGUUUUGGGACGAUUAUCCGGUUGGUACACCGACUUCUGUGCUACUAAAUCCGCUAGUCGCAAAAAAGUUGUUCAUGAAACGAAAAUCGGACUACGUGAAGCGUCUGAUUUCGAGAACCGAUCUCGGUUUGAUACUCAAGAAAUUGGUAGAGGUUGAGAAAGUUAAAAUGAAUUGGAAUCCGUAUGGAGGAAGGAUGGGUGAGAUCCCGAGUUCGAGGACACCAUUCCCACAUAGAGCAGGCAAUUUGUUCAACAUUGAGUAUAUCAUAGACUGGUCAGAAGCUGGAGAUAAUGUGGAGAAGAAAUAUUUGGCACUCGCGAAUGAAUUUUAUAGAUUCAUGACCCCGUACGUGUCUAGUAAUCCGAGGGAGGCGUUUUUGAAUUACCGUGAUCUUGACAUAGGGUCAAGUGUUAAGUCUACGUACCAGGAAGGUAAAAUCUACGGGGCUAAAUAUUUCAAGGAGAAUUUCGAGAGAUUAGUGGAUAUUAAAACCACGAUUGAUGCGGAAAACUUUUGGAAAAACGAACAAAGCAUUCCGGUUAGAAGAUAAUACGUACGAGAUGAAUGUUGUGAGUUGUGAAGUUAUGAUCCUGUGACAUGAAAAGAAAAGAAAGAAAUGUAUUAAAAUCUUUGGUUUGAUAUAUUGUUAUUAAAUGUAAUAUGAAACAUAUAUACCAAAAUAAAGUUGUAUCAUGAAGUAUAUAUAGUUAACGAACAAAAUCGACAUACAUUACUAAUUGUGCUG